UUACUUUUUACAACUUUGUUAAGCUGACUCGGAAAGACAACAGUUCUCUUUUUGUGUGUUGGGUUGCUAUGGAAACCAUACGUGUUGGCCAUGCGUUUCUGAGACAUUAUCCUCUGUCUGUGAAAUGUCAUAAUGUACCAUGAAAACAUCAAAGCUACCAGUGAAGCUGUCACCAGGGAGGACGGGGAGCCUUCCUCCUGCUCGCAUGCUUGGGUCCCCCAGUGUCCCUAACCUGACAGGAAAGAAUGAUCACCUUCUUCACAACAAAACGCUCAGUGAUGACGAAAAUCACCUCCCAGAUGAUGGGAGGUUGGUUGGUGUGCGCUACAUCACCGAGGACCUGAUAAGGAGGGUGACUAAACAAGAUGACCUCUCCUCUGUCCAGACUCUCAACCUCUGUGGGACUAAAAGUGACAAGAACAUUAAGUAUAUAGAGAAUCUGGAGAGGUGUGAGAGACUGCAGGUGCUUAAUCUCAGUUACAACAUCAUUCAGAAGAUGGAGAAACUGGACAGGUUGCACAGACUCAAGGAGCUUGACCUCUCCCACAACACAAUACGGAAGCUUGAGGGCCUUCAGCACAUGGGGAGUCUCCAGCUGCUCAAUCUGUCCUAUAACCUGAUCGAGAGCGUCCCCCUGUGGCUGCCCAAGAGACUGCGCUCCCUAACCACCCUCAAUCUGCAGGACAACAGUAUCUCCUCGCUGCAUGAGCUGUGCAGGCUGAAGCCGCUGCUGAGCCUGAGUGAGCUGAGGGUGUGUGGGAACCCUCUGAGCCUGCUGCCUCACCACCGCCCUCUCCUCAUCUACCACCUGAGGGCGCUACAGCUGCUCGACACACAGGCCGUGAGCCAGCACGACAGAGACCAGGCUCAUCAGCGCUUCCACAUGGAGGAGGUGGCCCGUCUGGAGCAGGAGCUGGAGCAGCGGAAUGUGGAGGUGCAGAAUCUGCAGAGGGAGCGGGAGGCCGCAGUAGCACAGCUGCACCAGCAGGAGGAGCUCUACCACAGCCUGCAGCGGCGCAGCCAGCAACAGCAGCAGCAACACAGUGAGCUGCAAACAGAGGUGGACACCAAGUCCGAGCUGCUGAGGCAGAAGACAGGGGAGUUGACGCGGGCGUGCCAGAAGCACUAUGAGCUGGAGCAGGAACUGGCCUUCCUCAAGAUCGAUGCCAAGUUUGAGCCGCUGCCCUAUGUGCCAGGACAGGACGCAGGACCUGGCAGCGGGCCUAGCGAGAGCCCCUACAUCGGGAAGGCUCGUCACCAGAGGAGACCCGUAGCUAGAGCCGAGCCUGAUGCGGAUGACCAGCCCGGUCCAGCCAGUAGGGUCGCCUCGGUAUCAUGGAUCAGCCCCGGAGAUGUUUCCGAUAAAGCUGAGGAGAGCAGAGAAGAGGAGCGGCUGCAGCUGCUACAGGUGGAGAUAAAGCGUCUUGAGCAGCAGAUCGUUUCGGCCAAUCAAGAGCUCCGAGGCCUGGAGGAGACUGCUACUCAGAAGCGGGUGUGUGAGGCUGAGCGGGAGCGUAUCCGUCAGCAUCUCAUGGUGAAGCUGCAGGAGCUGAGGCAGGACCAGGCGGAAGCCCAGAGUCUGGAGACGCAGCUGGACACCCAUGCAGCCCACAUGGGCCGCGCACAAACACAGCUGGACCUGCUCACUGACCAGCUACAGAGCCUAGAACCGUCAGAGCCCAAACACGAUCAUCUGAAGGCCCAGGUGUCUCGUCAGAAGCAGCUGCUGGACAUCAUGAGCCAGCGUCAUGCGGAGCUGGAGGCCAGACUGGACUACAUGAUCACGCGCAUCGCCCAGGAGACCCAGGACAUCCAGGACCUGGAGCAGCAGCUCACCGAUGGUCAGAUCUUGGCGAAUGAGUCUCUGAAGCGGGAGUUGGAGGACGUGAUCUCGGGCCUGCAAGAGUAUCUGCGUGGGGUCAGAGGUCAAGCUCGCCAGGCCCAGAGCGACUGCCGCCGCCUCCAGAGCCAGAACCAGGCACUAGAGCGCCUCCUGCAGGACAGAGAGGAGCAGUGCAGGCAGUUGCAGCACGGGCAGGAGGAGGAGAGGAGCACAGAGACAGAGAAGCUGAGAGCAGAGCUGAGUAGGCUGCGAUCACUCACUAAGGUAGAGCGGGCAGCUCUUGAAGCAGAGCUUCAGAAUGAGAGACAGGCCAGAGAAAACGCUGAGGUUCGCACCCAGCUAGAGACUGAAAACCUUCUGGAACACAUCAGCUCACUAAAGGAGGAGAGUGAUGCUUUGCGAGACGAUGCUGCUGAACUACAGACUAAACUGCAGAGCACCUCAGCAGUCUUCAUCCACCCAGAUGAUCUACUGCAGCGCCUGCAGAGCCUUACACAGAACCUCAGCACAGACACACCUGACGCCAGUGUGGGAGCCACUCUACAGAACGUUGCUGUGGAGGAGCGUCUACAGGAGCUGCAGCAGGAGGUCUGGCGUCUGGUCAGACAGGAGAGGGAGCAGAGGGAGGAGUCUAAACGGCUGCAGGAGGAGAGGGAGGAGUCUAAACGGCUGCGGGACGAGUGGGAGGAGGCUAGACGCCAGCAGGAGACUCUGAGUGGGGAACUGCAGCUCCUGAGACAGCAGCUCACAAGCGUGCAGAAACAGAACCAGCAGCAGACUUGGGAGGCUGCCAAGAAGAAGAGUGAACAUGAGACGGAGCUCCGCAAGCUGAGGGAGGAGCUUCAAGGGGACCAAGAGGUGGAGCUUCAGAGGCUGAGGGAGGAGCUUGAGGCUGCACGGGAGGCAGAACUCCAGCAACUAAAGGAGGAGCUUAGGGAGAGACAGGAGGCGGAGCUUAACAGACUGAGGAAGAAGCUUCAGAAGGCCCAAGAGGCGGAGCUUCAGGGCCUAAGGGAGGAGCUUCAGGAGGCCCAGGAGCAGCAGUACCUGAUGAGCCAACGUCUGCAGGAGGCUGAGAGCGAGCGGGAGGGCCUCCUCGUGGAGCUGCACCAGCAGGACACACAGGCUCUGGAGGAGCUGAAAAAGAGUGUGUCUAGUGCUGACAGGAGAGCUGGUCAGCAGUUGGCCGCAGUCACACAGCAGCUACAGACACUCUACAGGACAGCACUGCAUAUACGCCAGCAGAGGGAGCAGGAUGCAGAGCAGCUGGAGGACUCUCGGCAGCAUAUGGCUGAGGUGGGUCAGGACCUGGAGAGGGCUGAAACAGAGACGGCUUUUCUGCAGAGGGUACUGAAGGACGGGCAGUGUGUGUUAGACAGUAAAAGUGCUGGAAGCCCAGAAAGCAGCCACCAGCAGGAGGACCUGGAGCAGUUAACUAGAGCUGUCAAGAGACUGACUGAACAGCUGAGCCAGGCUUCUAGAGAUAAGAGUUUGAGUGUGGAGGAGCUCCUGGAUGAGAUGGUUUCCCUGAGGGACACCCUAAAGCAGAGCAGCUAUGUGUCCAACCUGCAGGACAGCCACAGGAGCGGACACUGGUACUUCAUCCACACAGGCCAGAGCGCUGCCAGUGUAGCGUCUCAAGGAACUCAGGACUCUGGGCUGGGCUCUCAGCUCCCCUCCUCCCCCCAGAGACGACCCCGCCCACAACACCCCCCCCACGAGAGGAACCGCCCCAAAGGAGCCGGCUACUGGCUCUACUCACCACAUCCGCCCAACAGAGUGGGCAGUGACAGUGGUGGUGAGAGGGAUAUGGAGAGCAGUGCCCCAUGGUGGUUCUUUCCUGCUGGUGCGCUUCUCUACACAUCGCUGCCAACUCAGCCCCCGCCACCCAGCUCACAGUGCCACCUCCCCAAACACCAGCACAUGGAGCGUGAGCUGCAUGAGGCCCAGAAUAAUCUGAAGGAGCAGAAACGACUGGAGCAGGAGAGAAAGGACCAGCAGAGGGAAACACACCAGCUCAGGAGAGACCACAAACACCUGAGGGCGAGGUUGCGGAGCGAAGCGGAGAAGAGUGUGUGUGAGGAGGUGGAGUGUCUGGAGGAGACUCUGCAGCGCCGGCGAGCAGAACUCAGAGAGGCCGACCGUCUACUGCUGCACGCACACACACAGAGUAAGGAUGCAAAGCGCCGUUGUGGGGAGACCCAGAGGAGAGUGUGUGAGCUCCAGCAGGACUUGGAGGAGAUGGAGACCAGGGCUCAGGACUACGCCAAGCAGCUGAUACACUCCAAGAACAAGCUCAGUGCUGAGCAGGAGGAACUGCAGAGGCUACAAAAUCAGAGGCAGAAUGAGAAGCAAUCUCUGGCAGCUACAAACACACACUACAAACAGCUAAGGCAGAGGCUGGAAGACAAUGAGCGACUGUUGGAGGAGACAGAGGACAGACUCAGCCAACGUAAGAGAGAGCUGCAGUCACUGGACAAUGAGCUGUGUGCUCUGGACAGGCGUGUGGGUCAGUGGCGAGAGGAGGAGCGCGUCCUACAGACCAGCCUACAGCAGCAUCGGGACACACUCUUACAGGAGCUCACACACGGGGAAGAGGAGACACAGGGUCUACACACACGCAUCAAGGAGCUGCGUGUGUGUGUGGAGACUCUGUCUCAGCAGAAGCGUGAUGUGGAAAAGGAGGUGUGUGAGGGGAGGAGUCACCUAACUCUCAUCAGACAGGAACAGCAGAGAGAGGAGGAGACCCUCAACAAGCUGCUCUCAGAGCUGAAGUGUGUGCAGGAGCAGAAGGUAGAGCAUGUUGCACAGUGUGAGCAGCUACAGCAGAAGUGUCGCCACCUGGAGGCAAGACAGAGACACGCACAGAGGUGUGUGUCUAAUGCAGAGGAGGUUGUGUGUGAGACCAAGGCCAAGCUGACCAGACUAGACUCAGAGCUGAAGCAGAGCAGAGAAACUGAAGGAGUGUCAGAGGAGCUGGAGAGGCUGAGAGAGAAGCUUCAUGCUGAGCGAAUACAGCUGGAUGCAGUCAAGGAGGCGAUUCGCUCUGUGUCUUCGAAAAGGGAUGACCUCGUAGAGGAGCAGUUACGUCUCCGUGGUGACGUGCAGGCCUCGGCAGAGCGUGCUCAGAAGGGCCAGAGGCGUCUGGAGGUCUUGGAGCAGCAGCUGACUGCGCUGGACUCUCAGCUGACCCACAAACACGCCCAACUCCAACGCCACCACGAGUCCCUGCAGCAGCAGCAGCAGGAGUGGGCAGAGGCGGAUGCGCUACAGCAGCAGAGGAGGCAGCAGCUGCAGGCCCAGCUGCAGACACUAGAGGGCGCUGUGGCGGAGCGGGUGCAGCGGAUGGAGCAGCUCACUGCAGAGGAAGCAGAGCUGCAGGACUGGAGACGAGCCCUGCACACUGAGGAGGAACAGCACCGGCGCAAAGGGCAGGAGCUGUGUGAGUGGGAGGUGCGGCUGCAGCAGCAGCAGCAGGAGCUGGAGGCCCAGAGGGGGCAGCUGGAGGGGUGGCGCUGUAAGGUGCAGAGGCUGCAGAAACUACUCACCAAACAAACACACAACCUCCAGGAGGCCCAACAGGCAGCAAAGCAGAGUGAACGGAGGGCACACAAACUGCAGACGGAGGUGCACACUUUGAGUCAAGAACUUCAGUGUGUCCGUGAGAAGCUUUUUGCCCAAGAGGAGAAGACGCAUGUGUGUGAGAGCAGCUCUGUUGACGCUGGUGCAGAGCCCAGAGCCGGCACGCCGAUGCAGGAACCAGAACCAGAGUUCCCCGCAGAACCCAGCAGCAGAGACCACCAGAGCCCCUCCCCCUCCCUCAGCCCCUCCCCCCCCAGCACAGAGCACGAGCAGCUCAAGGCUCUCUUCACCCCCUCCAGGACUGCAGCACUCACCGCACAGGAUGAGCAGUGGCGCGGAGAGCUUCUGAGAGAAAAGCUUGAGCAGCAUGAGGAUGAGCUGAAGGCUCAGCUGCGCCGGCGCAUGUUUGACCAGCAGGAGGCGCUGUGUGUGCGCAGGCAGCAGGCGGAGGGCAGUCUGGACGGCCUGCGUAGGCGGGUGGACUGGCUGGACCAGCUCCUAGACUCAGAGGGCUCUCUGGAGGACAACACAGCCGCACUCAAACCACACAGGCAACAUGAGGUUAGGCUCUCCAGCAGCUGGUGUUCAGAGAGCGCUGACCCGUCUGGCCGGCCCGUCAGACUGGACCCACUGCUACCAGAGAGGGACCGGACCUCUGAGCUCCAACACACCAGCAAAGCAACCUGCAGAUGAAGACCGCACGCACACACAUACACACACACACACACAUGCACACACAUGCGCACACACACACACACACACACACACACACACACUGUCUAAGGUCUGUCUUUCACACACAUGGACACACGAACAUACAUUACACAUUGUACAAGUGAUUCCCUUUUGUGGCCCACCCCACACCAUCGGAACCACUGCUGCGUUAUACAAACACACACACACAUACACACACACACCUGAGCUCACUCUCUCCCCACACAUUCAUAGACACACACUCACCAUCAUACACACAGCCACUGAGAAAUCAUGCAACAAAAAGGGCUUCCUCAGCUUACAGCAGAUCAUGUGACUGAAAUCAGUUUGUACUCCCAGAUGAUGGAAACACAUGGGUUUACACACCUUAUGCACUCCCAGCUGAUGGAAACACAUGGGUUUACACACCUUAUGCACUCCCAGCUGAUGGAAACACAUGGGUUUACACACCUUAUGAGAUUCAGACUGGACCAGCUUCCAUGCUGUGGGAAUGAAGACCAUGUUUGCCUUUUAAAAUGUAGCUUUUAUUUUAGAAUAUUUAAAAUACUAUUUUUGGAAUUAUUUUUCUAAAUUUGUCAGCAACAUCAAUUGAAUGUCUUGAAUGUGCAAUUCAUACAAGUUGAAAUGUGUUGAAUGUCCAGAAGUUGUGCAUGUGAGAGCAUGCGAGCACUUGCGUAUUUCAUUUUUAUUUAUCCUUUUUUUAACCAGGUGAAUCCCAUUGAGAUCUUACAUCAAGGGAGGCCUGGUUCUUUGUGUGUUUGUGUGUGUGGUGCCUGUAUGGAUUGUAAUGUGUACUGGGCUUGAUAGCUGAUUAUGAGGGAUACUGUGUAGACAGAAGUAUAAUCUCCUGCUAGUAUUUAAACUAAUGGCCCGUCCACACGACUAACCAUAACACUAUAACCAGAACUGUGAAAACUGUGGUUUGUUCAAUAUAAUGAUAGCGACUGAAAGAUUGAUAUUGCUGAAUCAUGUUCAGAGUGAUCAGAGAGUGAGGUCAGAUCAGAUCAGAUCAUCUCUCUGCUGUGCACUGGUGAGGUCAGAUCAGCCCGUAUGGGGCCUGGCAGAACGCAGAUCACUCAGAACCAGAACUACAGAUGAAGUGACAAUGGUGCUCUUACGUUUGUUAAAUAUUUGUUUGUGUGCAAUACAUUUAACAUUUUACACA